CAGUGGACCACUUGCAACAUAGCGGAAUCCUAUUGAUUCUCCGUAUGUUUUCCAGAAAUCAAACUUCUCAGGUGUGACAUACUCUUUCACAGUCAGAUGCAAUAGAGUUGGCUGCAUUGUAUAACAAAAGAAAGGUUUUUUUAAUCAUCGAUGUUCUUUGGAAUUUGAGCUAUUUCUGUGUUGAUUUCGUAGGAAUCGUCUGAAAUAUGUUUUAAGUAAUGAUUUUACCUGUAAAUAAAUACUGGCCCUGUGAAUGUCAACAUCUAUUGCUCUUAAAUCAGCCUUCACAUUCGGAUCUCUCCCUGUGAAUGGACCCAUCUUCGGUAGUUGCAACUACUAAGACUAGGACUACUAUAUGUCUACACCAUACUUAGUCUCUUGUUAUUGAUUGCUAACUACACUAACCACAACUUGUAGUUUCCCAUUUAAACCCGACCCUUAACACAGACCAUCACACUUUCACACUUUGAUCUUUCACAUUUAAACCCUUCUUCUCUCUCCUUUGAUCUUUGAUCUUUCAUUCCACUUUCACACUUAAAUCCUACUGGGGUUUUAAGUGAGCAUUUGAUAUCUUUUGGUAAUAUGAGAGUCAGAUUUGAUAUCUUUUUGUAACGAGAGUCAGCUUUCUCCGCAAAAUCUUUUUCGUUGUGUUAUGGUGGCAUGGAAGUUGGGGGUGGUGCUAUGGUACCAUUGGAGGACAAACCUCAAAUAACAAUGCUUCGCCGCCGUCAAGAGAGGAGGAGGAAGUAACUGAUUGUUUACAAUGGCGAAUAUGGAAGAGAUUGAGCACGAGGAGCAGAAUAUCGAGAAAAGGGUGCCGAAGCCAUGGGACGAAGACCCAAACAUCGACCGUUGGACUGUCGAGAAGUUCGACCCGGCAUGGAAUCCCACAGGCAUGCUCUCUUCUACCGACUUCACCACACUCUUUCCUCAAUACAGAAAGAAGUAUCUUCAGGAUUGCUGGCCUAGAAUCGAAUCCGCUCUCAAGGAAUAUGGUCUCGCCUGCGAGCUCAACCUGGUUAAAGGUUCUAUGACUGUUAAAACGACGAUGAAGACAAGAGAUCCGUUCAUUGUUAUCAAAGCUAGGGAUUUGAUUAAGCUUCUUUCCAGAAGUGUCCCUGCUCCUCAGGCUAUUAAGAUUCUAGACGAUGAGGUGCAAUGUGAUAUCAUCAAGAUUCGUAACUUGGUUCGGAAUAAGGAAAGAUUUGUUAGAAGAAGGCAGCGACUUGUGGGUCCUAAUUCCUCUACCUUGAAGACGCUGGAAAUAUUAACCAGCUGUUACAUUCUAGUUCAGGGAAGUACUGUAGCCGCAAUGGGUUCAUGGAAAGGUCUCAAACAAAUCAGAAAGAUUGUGGAAGACUGCAUACAGAAUCAAAUGCGUCCUUCAUACCAUAUAAAGGCACUCUUGAUCAAAAAGGAACUGAUGAAGGAUCCAGCUCUUGCAGAGCAUAACCACUAGUCAUCUGCGCCGGGAAAAGGAAAAAAAUCGCCGGUGACAGAGCGUAAACCAAAAAAGAUUGAUCGAUUUAGCGCCUCAUCUAUUUAUAUAAGAUGCUUAAUUUAAUUUAGGUGAUUACUAAGAGGAUGUGCAUUGGUGGGAGACUGAUUGAGUCUCUUAGUAAUAUUACUAAGACUAAGAAACGAACAGGGCCAUAAUAUUAACUUUCUACGAACAGGGCCAUAAUAUU